AUGAACUCAAAUUUUGAAUUUCGAGCACCAAACCUCAUCAACCCCUCCCCUCAAACGUUUCACACCCCUUUGAACCACAGCAUUCCACCAUCCCCUCCAACCACCAUGGCUUCCACUCCUACAGCAACCACUUCUCGUACGCCACCCUCAGAGUCUCCUGGUAGUUCCGCUGGUGGGACCUCUUCUAGUACGUCUUUGGUCUGCAUGGACAGCAAGCACGCAGUCUACCGUCACUUCAAGGUGCCGGCCAAUAGCGUUGGCGAGAACGGCACCAAGGUGUGUGCCUACUGCAACUUCACGUUUGUUGGCGGGGUUCACCGUUGCGCGCAACAUAUCACCAGCUGGAACGGCAUGCGCCGUCGCGAAGUGCAUCUCUGCACUGCAGCGCCGAAGACUGCACGUGACGCCGUGAAGGCGCUUUACGAGUCUAAGUUGAAGGCCCAUGAAGCGAAGCGUGCGGCUGAAAUUGCGGCGGUCCGCGCAGUCAACGGUAGAGGUUCGGACAAGAAGAAGAGUCGGAUGACCGACUUCUACGGCGACGACGCCGCGUGCGCGAACCAAGCUGCGGACGAGGCCAUAAGUCUCUUCUUUGCCGCUCUUCAUGUGCCGGAGCAUCACGCGGACCACCCACUGUGGCGGAAUGUGGUCUCUAGCAUCCACCGCGCGGGGCCGAAUUACGUCGCGCUGAAGAGACGCUACAUCGGUGGCGUCGGUCUUGCAAAGUGUCGCCAGCGCAUUGAGGCGGCGCUCGCUCCUAUCUCAGCAAGCUGGCGCCGUGACGGUGUCACCGUGGCAAGCGACAUGUUCUCCGACAAGGCCGACCGCCCGCAAGCCAACGUGCUCCUCAUCAACGAUAGCGGUGCGGUGUUUGUGGAGUCGAUCGACACGAAGAUGGAGAUGAAGACCGGGGGCUACAUCGCGGGCAUCUUGCGGCCCAUCAUCGAAAAGGUCGGCCACGAGAAUGUCGUCGCCUUGUGUUUUGACGGCGGCUCCAACUACGCGGCGGCAUGCAGGGUGUUGAUGCGCGAGUAUCCCCACAUUGAACACAUCCCUUGCACGACCCAUGUCCUCGAUCUCCUGAUGGAGGACAUCGGGAAAAAGGGAUGGGCGAAGGACAUCGUCACGCGCGGGGACACCCUCAUCUCGUUCGUCCGCAACCACCACUUCACCCGGGGAUACAUGCGGAGUCCGCUCGUGAACGGCGGCAAGGGGAAACAGGUUCUCAAGCCAGCGGGAACCCGAUUCGGCACCAACUACAUCGCCAUCAACCGCCUCUGUGAAGUGCGCGCCGGCCUGACGCAGAUGGUCCUCAGCGAUGAGUGGGCCGAGUGGACUGCGGCUGUAGACAGGGCUGGGGCAGACACAUUCAAAGACAACAUCCUCGAUGCCGCGUGGUGGACGCGCGCCGAGUUCUUCGCUAAGCUGAUGAGGCUGCCAUUCGUCGUCAUGUGCAAGACUGACUCGGAUUCGAAGGGCAUGAUGGGUCGUCUCUACGACCUCAUGCUCCAGCUCACCGAGGACAUCCGCGACUUCCUCGACGAGCAUGCGGACGGGGUCCUGACAAGCGACGAGGUGGGGGAUAUUCGGGAGAUCGUGCAGGACCGCUGGGACAACGGGCUGGCGUGCAACCUGCACGUGAUUGGCCGCAUCCUCUACCCCACCAACCAGGAAGAGUGCAUUUUCCGCACCGACCUGGAGUGCACGAGGGUCUUCAAGCAGUACGUCUCCAAGCACCAUGGUGACAAGACGGUCACCAGGAAGGACGGGGUCGAGCGCCGCGCCUCUCUCGUCAUCCAGGAAGGCCUCAAUGCCUUCAUGAACCUCCAAGGCAGCUUCGGCAUGCCCGACGCUAUUGCCGACCGCCAGGCAGUGAAGGAGGGCAAGAUGACGGCGGUGGACUGGUGGACAUGGCACGGGACCGAUCAUCCUGAGCUCACCACCAUGGCUUGCCGCGCCAUCACGCAGCCGGUGUCUGCGUCUCCAUGUGAGCGUAACUGGGCGAAGUUUGAUGCAGUGCAUACGGCAAGGAGGAACCGCCUCGGCGCGGUGAAGCUUCGUGACCUGGUGUAUGUGACGCACAAUUGGCAGGUGGUGCACAACUGGCACAAGGCCCUUGAAGGGUUGAGGGUGGUGAAGGGAAACAUCGAGGACCCCCCCACUCCGGCUGGCUAUAAUGUCCCGGAGGAGGUGGAGGAAUCUGAGGAGGGGGAGGAUGAUGUGAUGGCAGAUGAGUACUAG